AGCUGCGAAGUGGAGUGGUGCCAUUGAAGUGAGUCAUAUAACGACGUGACCUGGAGAAGUGGCAUUGAAGUUCACUUAGUCGCCAAAAUCAGUUCAGCAAAGUCCAGAGAGGUACAUUCAUCAUAGACGUGAGUCACUGCUAUAGGGACAGGACUAAACCUGCGAGAGCACUGAGUCCCCUGAAGAAAAAUUAGGCAUAAGGGAAACCGCUUUGCUUGGAAGUGCUUUUUUGUGCAACUGAAGACACUGGUCGUGUGGGAAUUCAUUAUCAGCCCUCUGAAAUUUCCUCCUCUUCCCUGGAUCAUGUACCAGGAUUACGUCGGGACAUACGACACAUCCUCCCGCGGCAGCAGCAGCUCACCGGCGCACCCGGACACCAGCCCCAUCCCUGUCUCCAACUACCAGAAGUACAGAGUAGACAUGCCUGGCUCUAGCAGUGCCUUUAUUCCAACCAUUAAUGCCAUAACGACCAGUCAGGACUUGCAGUGGAUGGUUCAGCCCACAGUAAUCACCUCCAUGUCUAACCCAUAUUCGCGGCCUCACCCGUACCACUUGUCUGUGUCAAGUGGCCCAGGCCUCCUCGGCCACACAGGCCUCUCACGGCCAGGGGUCAUCCGGUCCAUCGGCGACGCCCGUGGACGACGCAAGAGAGAUGAGCAGCUCACCCCAGAAGAAGAAGAGAAACGGAGAGUAAGGCGAGAAAGAAACAAACUUGCGGCAGCAAAAUGCCGGAAUCGUAGGAGAGAACUGACCGAGAUGCUGCAAGGGGAGACAGAGAAGUUAGAGGAGGAGAAGGCUGACCUGCAGAAAGAAAUCGAAACACUGCAGAAGGAAAAGGACAAGUUGGAGUUUAUGUUGGUGGCCCACAAUCCAGUAUGCAAGCUGCCUCCUGAAGAACUCCACCAGAGAUCUCACUCCCAGCAGUGCGCGCCCCUUCCUCUGACCAUGCGCCCCAACCUUGGGUCCCGGGGCCCAAUGAACAUCCUCAACCCAGUGGUGGUGAAGCAGGAGCCUUUGGAGGAAGAUGACGAAGAGGAGGAUGGAAAAGUGCAGCAUUCUGUCAUUAAGCCGAUCUGCCUGGGUGCCGGAAUGUUUUGUUCGGAUGGAGACAGUCUAAACACACCUGUGGUCGCUGCUUCCACCCCGGUGUCCACACCCAGCAACCCCAGCCUCAUCUUCACUUACCCCAGUAUGCUGGAGCCCGAUAGCCCUUCACCCUCUUCGGAGUCCUGCUCCAAAGCCCACCGGCGCAGCAGUAGUAGUGGCGAUCAGUCCUCGGAUUCCCUCAAUUCUCCCACCCUGCUUGCGCUUUGAAGAAAAAUUUGACAGUGCUUUUUGACAGAGCACACUCAACUGGGAUUUGAGCGAGGACCUCACCUCUCCAAAGCCGAGAACCCUCAAGGGCUAAUUUGUUCAUGUUAUUUAAACGUUUCUGUAGAGAGUUUUUGUUGUUGUUUAAAUGUUUGUGCGAAUUCCACCCACUAUUUCAACUAUGAAAAAUUGGUGAGGAUUUGUACUGAAGACUUGAGAACUGAAAGUCAACAAACAGAGGCAUUGGAAAAGAUUGCAUUUGUCAUCUUUAACAUGAUGAGUAUCUUGCAGCCAACACAUAUUACAGUCAUCAGCCGCUAGUUUGGAAGAACGUCAGGUUACUAUUUCCUGUGGCGAUCUGACUUAGAAAAAGUCUUGCUUGAAAGAUCGAAUUCCUGUUAGGUACAGAAUCCAACAUUGGACACUAAGGCAGAUAACUGCUCUCCAAACAUCAUUACGUUUGCAUUUGUGACGUGUAAAUAUUGUCCCAUUGUAUUUUGUGUCCUGCUGUUUAAACUAUUUAUGGUUCACUGGAUGAUCCUGAAACAACCAGAUGAGUGUCGAAACAACCUCUUGUAUAAUUAAAGGCUGACCUUUGUUGAUAUUUUAUACAUGUGGCACAAGCACUAAGAUAAUUUGCCAAAUUUACAUAGCUUUUGCUAUGCAAGUAAAAAAAAAAACAAAAAAAACUUUUUAGCAUCAGUGAAUCUACUAUCAGGGAUUUUGUUGUCUAUGUAAUUGAGCCAUACAAGCAUUACAAGAAGCAGUUGCACACAGAAUACAAAUCAAAUCACAAUAUAAGACAUGUUCAUGAGGGGAAACUCUAGCCAUAUUAGGCUCUGCCUCUAACCCUGACAUGGCAAUACCGCUUUUGUAUUGGCACACACUGUGGUUUUCAAAUAAUAAUAAUAAAAAAACAUAUAUUAUGACUAUGUUUUACUUUUAUAAUAUAUACUUUUAUGUCUUGAUCUGCCCUUUUUGCCGGGUACAGUUUAAACUGAAAUAUAUUCCAGCCAUAUGAGCACUUGUCCCUGAAACACUGGUUGGCUUUGAUUGCCGCACUUGGGAACAGAUGCACUUUGUUAGCAACCUUACAGUCAAAUAAAAUGCCAUUCCUUACAAAGUCGGAUUACAAAAUUAUAUUAAAAUGUUUUGCAAAAGAUGAGUUCAUUGUGCAUUGGCCACCGAAGUAAAUAUACUAACUGCAAUAUUUCUGAAAAAGCGCUUUAAAAACAAUCUUUGGAAAAGAAGACUGAACUUCAGAGAGAACUCAAGGUUAUCUUUACCAGAGUUGGUAAAUGACUAAGGUUGAAUGGGAGUAUUUUGUUGUACUGGAUUCAGCAAAUUGAAACUAAACAAAUGCUGCUUGACUGGCUUCUAUUUGAAGGACAUUGUUGCUUUUUCAUGUCUGAGAGACAAUUUCUGUGUUUGUUAAAAGAGAUUCUAGUCACGAAAAACCAAUUUAAUACCAAAAAAAAGAAAAAUUUGGAGGACUGUGUGUUGUAAACUGUUCUCUGUCGGUCUUUGAACUCUGUGUAUUUUAAGCAAGCCAUCUGUACAGCUUUCUGCACAUGUCCUGCUUAUCGGUCUGUAUUUUUUCUUUUUUGAAAGACAGAAAACGACCAACAAAAACAGCAAUAUGUAAGGCAGUGUUUGGUGAUUUAAGUUUAUCGUAAUAAUAAUAAUAAUAAUAAUAAUAAAACAUUUCCAAAGUGGUAUUUUCUUGUAGUUGUAAUUUGCUUGUGCACAGUGUUUGGGUACGUUGAAUUGUUACAUUGUAGUGCUUCUGUGUUUAUUUGACUCAAUCACAACAUGGUUGAAUGCACCCCUGUAUAUGUCAGUUAUUCUUUCUGUGUAAUUUCUGCAUUUAAUCAGAGGCAGAUUAUUCAUCCUUAUGUUGGACUAUAGCCCGAAAUCUGCCAUUUAACUUUGAUCUUUGCUUUAUCCAUCUUGACAACAACUGAUGUUAAUGAUGAUAUCAAAAACACUAAUUUUGCAAAAUACAUAAAAUCAUUGUUUAAUGAAUGGGGAUGAUAAAUGGACACAUGAAGCAAAAAAAAAAAAACAAAAAAAAAACAAAAAAAAAAAAACAUCUGUUGCUUGUUUUCAGAAACAGUAAAAUCAUUCAUACAAAAGUUAAUCGGUGCCCAUCAAACUACAAUUCUGCUCAAAUUGAGACUAUCAAGACCUGGCAAGCUGCACUUUAUGUGAAGGAAAAAAAAAGUAUAAAA